UUAGGGGCCUAUGAUUGGGUGGCAGUCUAAAAAAAGGAAGGAUAGAAAAUGGUUUGGUGGAAGGAGUUAAGCGAAAAGAGCGGUGAGAAGCAAGGCUUUGAAAAGAAAUGAAUGGCUCCUCUGAUUCGGUGUGGUUUGGGUGUUCCUUUCCCUUCAUGUCACGCCCUCCCUCCUCCACCACCACCACCACCACUGCGAGUGCCACCCCUCCUCGCACUCGCACUCGCAGCCGCAUCUCCUCCGUCUUCUCCUGGGUCCGACCCCUCAAACGCUCCAAAACCGCCGACAAACUCUACAAAAAAUACGUCCUCUCCUACAAACUCAAAUAAUACAUCCCCAUGCAUCCAAUAACCAAUUUCAUUGCCUGAUUCAUUGAUAUAUACCUAUAGAAAUUGGAAAAAAUGUCUCAAAUCUUGGCACCGUUCCAGUUACUGGAACUGAACGUGAUUUCCGCCCAGGACCUGGCUCCUCUGGGUCGCAACAUGCGUACCUACGCUGUCUCCUGGGUUCACCCGGACCGGAAGCUCUCCACACGCGUCGACUCUGAGGGCCACACCAACCCAACUUGGAAUGACAAGUUCGUCUUCCGCGUCGACGAAGAGUUUCUCUACUCCGACACCUCCGCCAUCAUGAUCGAGAUCUACGCGCUUCAUUGGUUCAAGGACAUCCACGUCGGCACCGUCCGCGUCCUCGUCGGCAACCUCGCCCCUCCUCCCUCCAAACCCUUCCACAACAACCGCACUCCGCUCGGCAUGCGCUUCAUCGCCCUCCAGGUUCGCCGCCCCUCCGGCAGGCCACAGGGGAUUCUAAACAUUGGCUUCACCGUCCUCGACAGCUCCAUGCGCAGCAUGCCGCUCUACACUCACAACGCCUCGGCCGUCGGCUACCGCCACCUCAUGGGUGAGAAGGACGCUUACGACAGCCACAACCACCUCAGCCCCCGCAUCCGCCCCACUGCCGUCGCAACUCCCAUGCCUGAGCUUCGCCGGACCAAGAGCGACACCAGCUCCAUGCUCGGCGCCGCUGAAGCCGUGGCGCGCCACCACCGAGCCAUGGCUGUACGAGCCGACUCCGCCAUUUCGGGAUCCGAGGUUAGCGUUAAAAAGAAGAAGGGGAAGAAGAAGAAAACGAAAGCCAAGAAGAGUAGCUCGGUUGUGAGUAGCGUCAACGAAACGAACUCGGUUCUCAGCGACACCGUUUUGCCGUGGAAGGUUAAAAGCGGAAAGGCAAGUCCCGAUGAUAUUGUCCACGUCCACAACAACGUCGUUGAGGAGGUUCAUAAUGAUAAUGACGAUGAUAACGAGAACGCACAUUCAACCGUUAACUCCGUUUCUGAAAUUGCCACCAGCGAAACCGACGCUGAUGAAGGACAACAACAUGUUCAUGUUAAUCACGUUCAAUACGAAGUUCGAGCCUCCCCCAAACCGCAGUUUCGAAACUCUCCGGCACCACAAUUUAAGAACUCUCCGGCACCACAAUUUAAGAACUCUCCGGCACCGCAAUUUAAAAAUUCUCCGGCACCGCACUUUAAGAAUUCUCCGGCACCACAAUAUAAGAAUUCUCCUGCACCACGGUAUAUGAACUCUCCGAAGCCGCAGUUUAAGAAUUCUCCGGCGCCGCAAUUUAAGAAUUCGCCUGCACCGCAGUUUAAGAACUCUCCUACGCCACAGUACAAGAGUUCUCCGGUGCUGCAGUAUAUGAACUCGCCGAAGCCGCAGUUUAAGAAUUCUCCGAUGCCGCAGUAUAUGCCAACUCCAAAGCCGCAGUUUCGGAACUCGCCGGCAGUGUCGAAGUUCAACCCGGCGGUGGGGUUCAACGGGUCGCAGAGGGGGACGCCAAUGCAUCCAUUCGGGAAAGUGAACGGUGCAGGGUUUGAGUACAUGACACCGCGGAGGUCAAACUUGGCGAACAUGGGGCAUGUGGUGAUAACGGAGUCGGAGCUGGGGCCGUCGCCAUCGGAGGUGGCGGCGGCGAUCGCGAGGAAGCCGGUGAUCGACGAGGGGGAGAAUUCAACGGUGGGAGGAUGGAGCUUGGACGCGGAGAGCGUGGAGGGGCUGCAGUCGAAGCUGGAGAGGUGGCGGACGGACUUGCCGCCGGUGGUCGAUCGCGGCGAGGUCUCGAGCUACCCAACGACGAGCACCACCAAGACGAGCCGGCACUCGCGGAGGCACACCGACGGCGGGAGUACUGGGAGUGGCUUGUUCUCAUGCUUUAGUAACAUAUGUGGUGUUGAGUGCUACGUUGGUUGCGGCGGUGACCCUAAAGGAAAGAAGAACCGCAUCCGCAGUCGCCGCACUCCCUCAGCGGAUGACAGUUCCAGUCUUCUCUAACUACCCACAACAAUAUGCAUUGUGGAGCCAACAUGGGAAUAUUUGUGGCAAAGGACUAUGCUGUAAUAAUUUUAUUCAUUCUUUGUUAUUCCAUCAUCUGUUUUUGCUACUCCAUCUUUUGUCAAUUGUAAGACAUGUCAGUUUAAUUCGUUGGGACUCCACAAUACAACAUAAGGCUAUACACAUAUUUCCUUACUUAUAUCUCUCUGUUUUCCUUAGUUGUAGAUCAUAUGAAUCUGAUCAUGUGAGUAUUUAAUUAUUGCAUUAUUACGUACCUUUGUGAUUGA